UCGGCGGGUGUUAAGCCGAGCGGCCUCGCCUCACCGCCUAGCGCCCCCCUCUGCCGCCGCCGCUGCCGUCACCUCCGCCCGCCGGCCAUGUCCCCCGGCCGCCGCCGCCGCCGCCGCCCGAGCACGGCGCUCCCGCGGCCCUGCGCCCAUUGAGCGCGGGGCCCACUUGCCGUCCGCCCGCCCCGGGGCCCCCUUGUUCUCAGCGCCGCCGCCGCCGCCGCCAUGUUGGGUUUAGAGCCGCAGCGGAGCCGCCGCCGACGCCGCCGGUGAAGGAGGCCAAGAGCGGAGUCCGCCCCGCCCCGGGGCCCAAGGAGCGGGGCCGCCUCGGAACCCAAGCCUCUCCCUGCCUCCCGCCUUCCCGGCCCGCCCGCCGUGGAAGGGAGCGAGCGCCGGGCCGCGGCCGCUCCUUCCGUUCGCGGCCCGAGCGAGCCCCCUGCCCGUUCGUUCCCCUGCCGCCGGGCCGGGCCAGAGUCUGCAGCGGAGGCCUAGAGAGUCAGCGCCAUGGCGGAGCAGACCUACUCGUGGGCCUAUUCCCUGGUGGAUUCCAGUCAAGUGUCUACAUUUCUGAUUUCCAUUUUGCUGAUAGUCUAUGGUAGUUUCAGGUCCCUUAAUAUGGACUUUGAAAAUCAAGAUAAAGAGAAAGAUAACAACAAUUCUUCUGGGUCAUUCAAUGGCAACAGCAGCAAUAAUAGUAUCCAAACUAUUGACUCUACCCAGGCCCUGUUCCUUCCAAUUGGAGCCUCUGUCUCUCUCCUAGUAAUGUUCUUCUUCUUUGACUCGGUUCAAGUAGUUUUUACAAUAUGUACAGCAGUUCUUGCAACGAUAGCUUUUGCUUUUCUUCUUCUCCCGAUGUGCCAGUAUUUAACAAGACCCUGUUCACCUCAGAACAAGAUUUCCUUUGGAUGCUGUGGGCGUUUCACUGCUGCUGAGCUACUCUCAUUCUCUCUGUCUGUCAUGCUUGUUCUCAUCUGGGUCCUCACUGGCCAUUGGCUUCUCAUGGAUGCCCUGGCCAUGGGUCUCUGUGUCGCCAUGAUCGCCUUUGUCCGCCUGCCCAGCCUCAAGGUCUCCUGCCUGCUUCUCUCAGGGCUCCUCAUCUACGACGUCUUUUGGGUGUUUUUCUCCGCCUACAUCUUCAAUAGCAACGUCAUGGUGAAGGUGGCCACCCAGCCUGCUGACAAUCCUCUUGAUGUUCUUUCCCGGAAGCUCCACUUGGGGCCCAACGUUGGGCGCGAUGUUCCUCGCCUGUCUCUGCCUGGAAAACUGGUUUUCCCAAGCUCCACUGGCAGCCACUUCUCUAUGUUGGGCAUUGGAGACAUUGUGAUGCCCGGACUCCUGUUGUGCUUUGUCCUUCGAUAUGACAACUACAAAAAACAAGCCAAUGGUGACUCCUGUGGUGCCUCUGGACCCGCCAACAUCUCUGGUCGCAUGCAGAAGGUCUCCUACUUUCACUGCACCCUCAUUGGAUACUUUGUAGGUCUGCUCACUGCUACUGUGGCAUCUCGCAUCCACCGAGCAGCCCAGCCUGCCCUUCUCUAUUUGGUGCCAUUUACCUUAUUGCCGCUCCUCACGAUGGCCUAUUUAAAGGGCGACCUGCGGCGGAUGUGGUCUGAGCCAUUCCACUCCAAGUCCAGCAGCUCCCGAUUCCUGGAAGUAUGAUGGACCGCAGAGCGUGACCAGAAUGGCCAUCUUAGUCCUCUUCUGUCAACGCCUGGUUUCGUUUCCUCUUAGAGUUGGCCUGGUACUCGGAGAUGUACCUGUUUAAGGAAUUGACGAGUGCCUGGAUCUUGUGUUUGCGGGAGCGCGGUGCUGGAGCCCUGCUCGGGACCUUCCCUCCCGCCCCGGCGGAGGGGCCUCUGGGAGUGACAGCCCUCCCCAGCGCGCUUUCCUCUCCCGUUUUCCUGGAUCUGCCCCAGACUGUUACCUGUGAGGGAUGGAGAUAGGACUGUUCAAAACUGACAAUGGCAAGGAUCAUUCUGUACCUUUUGAACACUAAAGGGUGAGAAACAUGAGCAUACCGAAGUUUCUUCAGUGAACCCUCAAGAACUUUGGGACCAGUUUCCUGUGGGGGACUCAGUUUCAGAGAACUGAGACAGAAGCUCUUCUGUCGUUAUAUUCUUCUUUCCUUUUUUGGAUUUAUUAAAUAUUUUCUGUGGUGUGAAGUGACUUAUUAAAUCCACAGACAUUGAGUGACUUCUUACAAUGUACACAUAAGAAUUGCUGUAAAGAGUUCAUGUCCACCCAGAUGUGUUGGCAGUGAACGAGGGCACGGUUUUUAUACACACACGCACAUAGAUAUAUAUGAAUAAACAAACUUAAAACCUGCUAAGAUCAUGCUGUGUAGCAGACAGGGGCUUGCUGUAAUUGUUAGCAUGUAGAGCCGUUUACUCUGGCUUUCUUGUAUAUGGAUAAGCUGCUGUCUUUCCCUCCACAACUGAACAUGCAGUUAAAAACCAGUAUAGUAUUUGUACUGAUAGACUCAUGGACUUUAGGGGACUCCCAUUUGGUUUCGAUCAGUGUAGCAAAUUAGGGAUGAAAAGAUAAACCUUUUUGGGCCUUUCCUUUUGUUUUUACAGGCUUCUCCCUUGCAGGGUUUUUAGUCCUUUCUUCUUGAACCGAUGCAUGUAUUAUAGCAGCAGGUGUCUUUGUGCUUUCUGAUCAUAGUAAUGUACUACUUGUAAAUACAUUUUUCUAUUUUCUAUUUUUUUGUAUUUUUUUGGCAUUUUGUUUCAUUGGUGUGCUGUAUUUUCCAUGCCCUCACUCCUUUAAGAAAAAAAAAAAAAAAGGAAAAAAACAACACAAUCCUGUCCUUGCUCUUGUGAUUACAGUCUUGGUUUACCUGUGGUGACACCUGGACAUUGGGGAGAAGUGUCAGUUGCCCCUCGGAGAUACACCCCGUAUUGCAGGAAUUGUGGAAGCAGUAAGGCGCUCUGCCCUCCGAGAAUCCGACCGGGCGCUGUGGUCCCUCCUAGAGGGCCAGUGUUCCAGCGGUGACAGGCCCGAGUCCUGCCCGCCUGCCUUGUUGCAGCAGCACCAGCCUGGUGAGCGGUCGCCCGUUCAGAGGCAGAGAGGUGCCUGGAAGUGGCCUGCAUGCCUGGCAGCGGAGGUGGAGGAGGACCCGUGUCCCGCUCCUCCCGUCUUCAGGCGACCUGCCUCUGUGUUGACCUGUGUAAUAAACUGGUGUGCUGUGGUUCCUGUCACUUGAAGGCACGGUGGGUAGCGCUUACAGGCUGUGCGUGCCACGUUGUCGGGAGAGUCAAGUGAUCAGGAUGGUGCGUUCCUCAAGUCUCUGUGUUUUCAAAUCCUGCUGAGGGCUGUUUUGUUUUCUGUUGUUUGGUUUUUGUUUUUGUUUUUAAUA